AUGCCCCGCGAAAUUGGUUCCAUCCUUAGCUCAUUUGGACCCAAAUCUUUUCGGCCUAUCCGAUCUCGCUUGUCAACUUUUCAUGUAUCUAUCUAUGUUUUCGGCAAGGGAGAGAAUGUUUUAAGUUCUAAGUUGCCUACUAUGGUGAUCUCCUACAUCUCUAAGUAUCCUAGACACAUCUCGGAGAACAUUGAGAUCUUUGAAGUAUCCGAACUACUUGGGGACCCUGUAUCAGAAAUCUAG